AUGAAAUUCAGAGACCAGGUGAGCACAUUAUCCGAGUGGUUCAAGGGCUGGAACGAAUGUGAGCAGACAGUGGCUCUUCUGUCUCUGCUGAAGAGGAUCACUAGGACACAGGCUCGUUUCCUGCAACUGUGUUUGGAGCACUCGCUUUCAGAUUGCACCGAGAUACACAUCCUGGAGACGGAGGCCAACAGUGCUGCUCUGAUAAGUCAGUGGCAUCAAGAGUCCAAGGAGAAGGUGAUCUCUCUGCUUUUGUCCCACCUGCCCCUACUGCAGCCCCGGAACACAGAAGCAAAAUGCGAGUACAUGAAAUUGCUGCAGAAGGUGCUGGCAUACACCACAGAGAGCAACCAGUACAUAGAGGAGAGCCGGCAGCUUUUGUCCUAUGCACUAAUCCACCCAGCCACCACUCUGGAUGACCGCAACUCUCUGGCAUUGUGGCUUAAUCAUCUGGAAGAACGCCUUUCCACAGGUUACAGCCGACAUGGCAGACCAGAAGUUCCUGCUACACACUUACGGCAAGGCUCUGACGAGUGGCAGGCCGCAGGAGAGCUUGGCAUGGGAGAUUCUGGACAUAAUUGGCAAGAAAAGCCACUGAGAGAAAAUGGACUGAUGCCCUUUCAUUCAUCCAGUUCAGUGCCCUCCGCUAUCCAGAGUGUUGGCAGUAGUACAGGUAGGUUGCUUCCCUGCCAAAUGCAUCCCAGCCCCCUGAAACGCUCCAUGUCCCUGAUUCCCACCUCCCAGCAGACGUCCAAUGAAUGGAUGGGGUCAGAUGAGGUUUCUGGACGUUCUGUCUUCCUCACUGCAGACCAUGCUCCCCUCUCCCCUCAGAGCAGUGUGGCCUCAUCGGGUAGCGAACAGACAGAGGAGAUCAUCUCUGGACGCAACUCCUUCCAGGAAGAUGGCAGUGGAAUGAAAGACGUGCCGACCUGGCUGAAGAGUUUACGCCUACACAAAUAUGCAUCACUCUUCUCACAAAUGACCUAUGAGGAGAUGAUGACACUGACAGAGCAGCAUCUGGAGUCACAGAACGUUACCAAAGGUGCAAGACACAAAAUAGCUCUAAGUAUCCAGAAAACAAACUGAGGGAAAGACAGAGUGUGCUUCGUGCUCUGGAGAAGGACAUCUUAGAGGGAGGAAAUGUACGCAAUGCUCUUCAGGAGCUUCAGCAGAUCAUUAUCACACCCAUCAAGUACUAUAGGCCCAAUCAGACAGAGACGGUGAACAGUGAACAGUCUUCCCAGCAUAGGCCUGUUCAUGAUUCAUCUAGCAAAAACCCAGAUGAGAACGAGCCGCCCACUGGACUAACAGCUGAUGGAUUUCAGCAGCAGAGCGAUCCAAGGUGUGACUUGGAAACAUCAGUGCCACCCAUAGCAGAUGGGGACAUACCAGGACAACUGACAAGAGUGCUGGGCAAAGUGUGCACACAGCUGCUUGUCUCCCGGCCAGAUGAGGAGAAUAUCACUUGCUAUUUACAACUCUUAGAGAAGUGCCUGACACAUGAGGCAUUUACUGAGACACAGAAGAAGAGAAUACUCUCCUGGAAGCAGCAAGUUUUGAAACUGCUCCGAACGUUUCCUCGCAAGGCGUUACUGGAAAUGCAGGGGUACAGGCAACAGAAGGGGUGCAGCUGGGCAUUUGCAUCAAACUCUCUCCCCAUAGCUGGAUCUGUGGGUGCCUCCGUAACACGAAGGGGUCAGCGCCCAUUUCAGAUGCCUCCUAGGGCUGUGCCACCUUCUAGGAUUGGCGUAAUGAGUCCUGGAUCAAUUGGGGGUGUCUCUCCUCGUCAUGCACUUACCAGCCCUAGCACUGGGAGCCAGGGACGGCAGAAUCUCUGGUUUGCCAAUCCAGGAGGUAGUAACAGUAUGCCAUGUCAAAGUCACAGCUCAGUGCAGCGUACCCAUUCACUGCCCGUACAUACUUCGCCGCAGAGCAUUCUCAAGUUUCCUCCUGACUGCCAGGUUCCUGGAGCUGACUUGGAGAUUAAUCCCCGGCUGGAGUCCUUGUGCCUGAGUAUGACAGAGCAUGCAUUGGAGGAGGGGACAGACAAAACAUCGACCAUUUGA